AUGAGUGACGUCCCAAAAAUCGGUUCUGCGCCCAAGACGAGCUUGAAGAAACCUUCGAGUAGAGUUGGGAAGAGCCGAGAAGCACACAAAGUCAGCAACAAGAAGAUCCAGCUCACUAAAGGUGACCCGCAGAAGACUCGAAGUUUUGUGAAACUCGAUUGCAGUGAAGGAGAACUUACGGCAUAUCUCGGCUAUACUGAUGUGGCGCAACUCCGAAAUUUUGCCCUGUCUCCAUACGUACUGAAGUUUUACAACCACCUACUUGAAGAUGACGAUCCGCUGCGGAAGUAUCAGGUCUUGGAGUUGCUUCGAGAUCGCCCUGGGCUGUUCACAACUGACGACAAGCCAUCAAGAGUAUUUCCAUUUCAGGAGGAUAAGAAACACAUCGCUCAUCGUCAGGCACUCAGCACUGCACAGAUGGUUCGCGCCAUCAGAAAAGGGGAUUUUUCGCAAGCUAUCGUCCAGACUACCCAUUCGCGGUUUGAGGAGCUCACCAAGCGCAGGCCUCCACCAAUUAAUAUGGCCGACUUGAGACUGCCAACGUUGGGUCCGCUGAAGAAACUAGGAGAGGACGAUUUGGAGGCAUAUAAUAGAGCGAUCAAUCUUCUUCGCUAUAUCCGUUAUUCGACGAACAAUUCAGUCUGGCCCAAGCGAUUUGGGUCUCAGAACUGGGAUAACGCCAUCACUGUCAAACCAUCCCAUAUCCCUGUAUGGAUGCGACCAGAGAAGAUGGUUUCUUCAGAAAGCGCCUUUUUGAAUGAUGUGGGCGAACCUACUGCAGAAGAUGACCAGGCCGGACUGGGUAAAAGCCGACUAGUGGUCAAGAUGAUAUGGCGAUUGGAAGCAAUGGACGCAGAAUCGCAGGCUUUCAGAGAGCACAUCAAAGAGAUGGAUCCAGAGGUCUCUUUACCAGGCACCAUGCAGCUGAUCCACAUGGAGCCAUCGACCACCGAAGCGCAGUUCCGUGACUUCAUACGGCAACAGUACUCGAUGCAGGAAAUCAAGGCAGAGAUUGACCACGUCUGCUUGAGGGUGGAUCCAGGUGAGAAGUCGGACCAGUUUUACAGCUUGUCGAGUUCAAACUGGGCAGACUUGAAGGAAAUCUUGUGGAAUGCCGCCUCUGCUAAUGCUGAAAUUCCCUACGACACUGCACUUCCAAACGCUAUCUUCUACCUAUUCGUCAGGAAAAGCGAUAUUGGCGUUCCUAUCGAGGAAGAAAUGGAAGAAAGCCACCGAAGGGAGCUUCAAUCCACUGAAACUAUUGCAAAAGGUGGAAGAACGGAAUGGCAAGCAAGGAGGACGCGGGUAUCAGACACUGGUUUAUUCACUCGACUGGCUAAAAGAUCUAUCAGUAACUCACCUCGGAAGGAGAGGACUCAACACUGGUAUGAUAUACAGGCACAAAUAGUGCCCGCUGCCCUCUUAUAG